AUGGCUUUGCUCAAAAAAUUGCCUACAAAAGGCCAACUUCUUAGAAUGGGAAUUAGCAACGACAAUACUUGCGUUAACUGCAGCAAUUCUUACGAGUCAAGAGACCAUCUUUUUUCCCAAUGUACACUGGCAGUGGAUCUCUGGAACUUAAUUCUGAAACUUAAUGGGAUGCAGUCCACUUUCUUACCAUGGGAUGAAAUGGUAACAAAGGUUUGUUCCAUAUGGAAAGGAAGAUUAACAGCCACAAAUGGAGACCCCUUCUUGGGUGGAGAGGAUUUUCACAAUGCACGAUUGGAGUACUUAGUGAGGGAGCUCAACAGAGCUGAUAACAUUGAUCUCUCAAAGUACAAACUUGCCCUCUAG